AUGGUCUUAUCGUUCAUUGAUCUCCUGAAAGGUUUGCUGCUUUCGGCGAGUCUGAUCACAGCGACCGAAGCGAAUGAACAGAAAAGAGAUUCUGGACGUCAAUUUUGGAAUGAGAAUCCGAGUUGUGAUGAUUUGAGAGUUACAGGAAGUACAUGGCUCCAUGUGACAGCUUGCGCAUUACUUAAUUCUGGAUAUGAUGUAAAGAAGAAUUAUCACUUUCAGGGUGAUUAUAAAGCUGUCUCAGUGGCUGAAGCUACUGUUUAUAAAAAAGAUCGCAGUGAAUAUUCCUUGAGCACAGUUUGGCCAGAUAGUGGAAACGAUAAUUGGUGGUUCGAGUCGACCAGAAACGCAAUUGCCACUCACCCUGAAGCGGUCGAUGAAGGAUGGGUCAAAGAUGGCGUCAUCCAAACUGAUAAUCAUACUAACGCAGAUGCAACAUCUGGUUUGUGGGCUUUGACAGGACUAGAUACUGAAUUAGAAGUUGAACUCGAUGAUGAUAAAUUAGAGGAAUGGUUCGAUAAAGCGACCAAAACUCCCAUUAUACUCAAAGCCAAAGAUUUACCCGAAAUGGAACACUUGACUCGAAAUCAUUUUUAUGCUGUAAAAGAUCAAGUCAAAGACAAAGGUAUCAAAAAGGUAACACUUUAUGAUCUGGAUAAAGAGAAAGGUCAUACGAUGAGAAUAAUCACAAGACGUCUUGAUCCAAGUCUAGCACAAGUUGGUCAUUUGAAAGAUUGGAAAGAAUUCUGA